AUGAAUGUUAAUAAUCUUCAACAACAACUUGAUCAAAUAGAAGAAACAAUGAGUCAAAUGUCUGAAUGUAUUAUAUUAUUUAAAAAAUUACAUCAUCAAGUAAAUCAAUCAAUAGAAAGAAUUAGAACUCAAGUAGAAGAAAUAAAUAAUAAAAAAUUUCAUCCAUUAAGAGAAUUAUUACCAUCAAAUGGUAUUGAUGAAUAUACUCAUACUUUAAGUAAAUGGACAGAAAGAUCUAUUGGUAGAAUAUUAUAUGAUGGUAAAUUAGAAAUUAAUUCAGUAAAACAAAUUCUUCUUAAUAAAAAGAAUAUAUUAAUAUUAAUUGGUUCAGGAAAUAAUGUAUUUGGUUCAUAUCAUGAUAGAACAAUUGGAAUGAAUGAAUGGUGUUUUGAUCUUAAUCAUUUUGUAUUUACAAUUAGAAAUAUAUUUAAUAUUCCACCAACAAAAUAUAAAAGAAUAAUAAAAGAAAAAGUAUUUUGUAUUACUGAUACUUGUUUAUAUAAAAUUAAUGGAUGGGGAUCAAUAGGAAAAGAUUCAUAUAUUGAUUAUUUUUUUCCUUCUCAUUAUAAAGAUACUAUUGGUAUUGGUGGAAAUAUUUUUACUGGAAAUAUUUAUUUAAAUACAUUUUCUGUUGAUUAUAUACUUAUUCUUGAAAUGAGACAAUACAUUAAAUAA